CCGCUUUCAGGCCUACACCUGAAAUGUUUCAAUACGGUGGUGGUGCACGAAGACUGUACACUCGCUUCAAACUUCUACACCUUGUUUUCAUUGCUAGUGUAUGCAUCAUAUUCACAUGGUCCGUUGCCUCCUGGCUCCCGGAUUCCGGGAAGUCUGUCAGUGAUAAAAAACGGUUACAGCAAGAAAUUCUCCAGCUGUCACAGAAGUAUGUCCAGGUCUUGGCGGAGGCGCAGAAAUUCGAGCCUGAUGGUCCGUACAGCUCGCAAACCACCGCUUACGACAUGAAGAAAACACUUGCAGUCUUGUUGCACAGUCUGAUGCAGCGCAUUUCCACGUUGGAAGCGCAAAUCGCUUCCAUUCGGCACGGUGGUGUCCCUGGGUCGCUCAAGUCCAUCGGAAAUUUUUCCAUACAAAAUGCAUCGUUUCAACGUCGCCACCUGCAACAACAAAGCGAGGACGCAGAGACAGUAGAUUACAUUGAUCUUCUACAGGGUGCCCAAGAAACAUGCGUUUUGCAGUCCUACCGACUGUUGGCGUUUCCCGAAUGCCAAUCUAAAAUUGAGUGGCUGCGCGCCCAUUGGAAAUCACAUUCUUGUUACGAGGAACUCGGAGUGGAUGGAUCGGACUGCUCAAUGGUUCGAUAUUUGAGUGAGGGGCGCUCUUUCAUCACUCGGAGACUUUCUCCCUUUGCCAGGAAAAUCCGAUACAGAUCCAGUGGACUCAAAUUUCGCAACCAAGCGUGUAAUGGUCGACACGGUGAAAGGAUCUUUGAUGAGACCAUGUUUGCUUUUGUAAGCACGAAGUGCAGCGCACCCUUUCGGUGCCUAGCUCCCAUGCCACCCGAAGGUUGCACGAGGGCUGGGAUACUGUCAGGUCGUUCAAGCUUGGACAGAGGAAGUCGAAAGGCGGAGGUCGGAUUCAAACCACGGACCUUCCGGCCAGUUCGAAACGACCUCCUUGGUUUGCUUCACCUGAUCCCCGUGGACAAGCAGCACCGAUUUUCCUACAAAUUUAUCUACGAUCGUUUGACGCGUCUGUGGCCCGAAAUGACCGAUGCCAUGCAAACGCUAACGCAAUGGAGUCAAUGUCCGACCAACACUAGCAGUCCGGGUGGUGCUGUGCCCGACUGGUUCGCUUCCGUUCCACUUCAGUUGGAAAAUCAGACUUCAGGAUGUCCACCAUUGUGGAACCGUCCGCAACUCACUGUACAUCUGCAUUUGGGUUUCAUCUCUUUGUCGGCUAGCAAGCAUUUCGAAAGUUCAAUUGGACGAGGUGGCCCACUUGGUGAACUCGUUCAGUGGACUGAUCUGCUUGCUGCACUAUAUAUGCUUGGACAUAGAAUCAGUCUUUCGAUGGAAAUAAACCCUUUGCUUGAGCGUCUGCGUAUACCUGAGUACGGGAAAACUCCUUGUCAAGUUGAUAGCAAUUUGGUUGACCUCAUCUUCACCGAUAUCACCGGAUACCGACAACUUCGUAGGGCAAAUGUUCGAGUCCCCGCAUGCAAAUUUCGUAUUCUGGAUUCGUUUGGCACUGAAAGUGCGUUCAAUCGACAGAAGGCAACAUGGGGCGGUCUGCAAUUGAAUUUGCAACAGUUCUUCACCAUGUUCCCACAUUCGCCGGAUAACACGUUUCUCGGAUUCAUUGUCGAGUCUUUCAAUGGUUCACGCCUGUCGAACAAGCGAACCUGGUCUGGAAAACCGGUCGGUCUGGUGUAUGGAAAAGAGCGUUAUAUGUGGAAGGGAAGUGACGACUAUCUGCAGGUUUUGAGUGAAUUUUUGGAAUUACAUGGCAACGUGGCGGACGCCUCAGAUGCGAAGUUGCCCAGUUUUGUGCGUAAUCACAAUCGUUCAUACGGACAGGACUAUUUGAGUUUAUUGACUUCUUCUCAGGUUAUGGUUGGCCUCGGAUUUCCAUACGAAGGUCCCGCCCCAUUGGAAGCGAUCGCAAACGGUCUCGUUUUUCUCAACCCGCGUUUCACGCCACCUCGUGGCCGAGGCAACACCGCGUUCUUCGCAGACAAGCCAACCACAAGGAAGCUUACCAGUCAACAACCGUAUUUGGAAAAGUAUGUCGGUGAGCCAUACUCGUAUCUGGUGGACACGCAAAAUGCCACGGCAUUGCGCCUUACAAUGCGCCGCGUAUUGGCCAAAAUCAAUUCUUCUUCUGCCUAUCGUCCUUUUGAAUUCAGUCCGCUUGGAUUCCUCGAGCGCCUGAAUGCUCUUCUGACUCAUCAGUCGUUCUGCGAUGGUGCUGCAGGGCUGGGAUUGCUUCAGGCACCGCUCCCGUUACCUCCUAAUUCUCCCAAGGAGUAUACAUUCGUGGCUAACUUGGAGGCUCGUGUAAACAGUGUUCGGUGGCCUCCAGCCUCGAGUCUUCGUGUGAUAGUUGCUGCUCCUGGUGUGUCUUGUGCUGCGGCCUGUUCCGUGGUGCGAUCGACAAACAAACCAUCGGUACGACCGAGCGCUGAAGCUGCCGUCACUAGUGAAUACCUCUUACGCCGUUCCACGUCUCUUCCGGUUUCCACAAAUGUGACUUGUCCGGAUUGUUUACACUGUGCACCGGAACACUUUCCCACAGUCAAUAACCGAUUCACACUGGAGAAACACUUUGAGUUCGAUUGUGCGACUAUACAACACCACAAUCAUCCUCUGGCUCCAUUCCGCUGGGCUCGUAACAAUACCUGUGUGUUCCAAUCUGAUCGACAUUGGUUCGAUUGUGUCGCUUCCAGUGAGACUUCACAGUUGACACGAAUCUGCCCCUGUCGUGAUGCCCUUCCACAUCAGUCCGCUAUUUGUACUAAUUGCCUUUGACUAAUCGCACUCAUUCUCCCACAUAUCUCGGAAAUGGCACGGUUUUUGCACACAUUCUCCCGAUCAUCGUCUUGCAUUGAUUUCCAGAUCGGAAACUUCCGUGCAUUAUUGAGCGUGAAUCUUUCGAUCAGUUCGCUAUCCAAUUGCUUUAGUUAUUAACUUUCAUCAAGCACAGAGCUUCUUCUAUGAAAUCGCGUCCCGCAUCUUUGUAAAUCUGUGAUAUAGCCUAUGAAUGUUUCUCAUAUGUUCUUGUUUGUCCUCGUAAAUUUGACGGGCAGACAUGAGCUGUGUCGUGGUUGACGUCAUUCUCGAUUCUGCAAGUGGCCGUCAUCUGCUCCCCCCCAAUGG